CCCCAUAGAGUCGCAGCAACUCCAUCAUCGUGAAGUCGCCCCCAUUGCAACGGACUUCCCACGAGACCCGCAUCCUCAUCUGGAUAUCCAGGUGCCCCUGGUUGUACUACCGCUAUCCAGAAGGAUCCCCCUCAACUACCCGUGGACAGUCAGUUCGCCUCGGCGCACCCGCCACCAUGCCGCGCGCAGAAGUCGGAACCAACAAGUACCUGGCGAAUAAGAUGAAGUCGAAAGGACUUCAACGCCUGCGCUGGUACUGCCAGGCCUGUGAGAAACAGUGCCGCGACGCCAACGGCUUCAAGUGUCAUGUUCAAUCGGAACCCCAUGUGCGACAGAUGCAGCUCGUCGGAGAAGAUCCGAAGAAGUAUAUCAACGGAUUCAGCAACGAUUUCCAGCGCGACUUCUUGCAGCUACUCCGAACCGCACACGGAGAGAAGUGGAUAGGAGCGAAUCGGUUCUACAACGAGUACAUUCGCGACAAGGAGCAUAUCCACAUGAAUGCGACGAAAUGGCAGUCUCUAACAGAGUUCGUCAAAUAUCUCGGGAGAGAGGGUAUCGUGAACGUCAAGGAGGAUGAAAAGGACGGGCUGAUGAUCGCAUGGCGAGACACCAGUUUACAAGCGCUCCGGCGCAGGGAGGAGAUCCGGGAACUGGAGGCAGCAGAGGCUAGAAACGUUGCAGGGGAAGACAAGAUGCUCAAGCGGAUGGAGAAGAGGGCACGAGAAGAAGCAGAGGCAAGAACAAAGGAGAAGGAACCGGGCGCUCGGAAGUCACCGGAAGAAACAUCACAGUCCCCUGUUGCAGAGGAGAGCGCUCCGGAAGCUCCUGUCAAGAUCAGCUUUGGAUUGAAGCCCAAGGCGCUGCCCACUACGAAGCCUGAGGUGAAGAAACAGAGUAUAUUCAAAAGGGCCCGCACGGAGGAUGGUGAAAAGUCAGUGAAGAAGGUAAAGCUUUAGACAUGCGGCACAGUCCGGAAUGCGGGCAUUUUUCUAGGAGCAUUAUCUGGCGUUCGGUUUUGGGAUACCCAGGGAUACGGUGAGGGAAGGUUCAUAUAAUAUCGAUGGAUGGGAACUCCGACAAUUGUCUGGGUGUCACUGGUUAUGAGUUACUAUAGUCUUGCCUGCUGUAGCAAGAUGACAUUGGCGGAAUGGAUAGGCGGGACUGGCAAUCAAAGUUCAUAAUGAUGUUUCACUCGCGCCCUCUCCUGUCUCGCGGCUUGGUUUCGCUUUUGAGGAUACGUCCGUCACAGAUACUUCCUGUAGAGCUCCGCACUGGCAAACCGCGCAUCAUCUAGCCUGAUGCCCGCUACCAGAAGACAG